UCCUUGGAUGAGAAGAGGAGGGAGAUGUGCUGUGAGGAGCGCGUUAGUGACUAGGGACCUGCGAGAGACAGGAGGAGAGGAGGCUGGGACUGCUUAAAUAGGAGCGGUAGACAUGCGAUCCGGCUCAGGUCUCUCGCUUUUUCUGAUCUGAGAGUAGCCUACUUCCAGUAAAUGAAAUAAGGAAAGGCGGAAAGGGUGGACGAACAGACGUUGCUGGGGGAAAGGAGAACAGAAGAAGAGGGGAGACUGACUGAAAAAAGCGAGUGCGAGAGAGGAGAGGAGUCUAGUCGAGGCAGGUGGUGCUUUUCCACACCGGCGUUGCGACUUAAAAAAACGAGUUCUAUUGGCUACAAUUGUGCCAAAAACUCGUAGCAUCACGCAACUUUCUUUAACCCGGUAGCACGCUACUCUCUCUUUCUCUCUCCCUCUCACUAUAUAUAUAUAUAUUUGCGCUUCUUAUUACGCGCGCACUGAGCAUUGUAAUAUAACAGGCUGAGUAUUAAGGACUAUACAAUUAGCGGGCCCUUUUGUUUUCAAUGUGACACUCAACAGAUCAAAGGAAAAGAGAUAAAGCGCCGACCGUCAACGACUGGUUAUAUUUUUACGCAUGAGCAUCCCUCUGAAAGAAGGUAUACAAAUGCUCUCCGUCCAGCCGGACACCAAGCCAAAGGGCUGUGCCGGCUGCAACCGGAAGAUUAAAGACCGAUACCUGCUGAAGGCGUUGGACAAGUACUGGCACGAGGACUGCCUGAAGUGUGCCUGCUGUGACUGCCGCCUGGGGGAGGUGGGCUCCACACUCUACACCAAGGCCAACCUCAUCCUCUGUCGCAGAGACUACUUACGGUUGUUCGGAGUUACUGGGAACUGUGCGGCCUGCAGUAAGCUGAUCCCAGCGUUUGAGAUGGUGAUGCGGGCCAAAGAGAACGUCUAUCACCUCGACUGCUUCGCCUGCCAGCUCUGCAAUCAGAGGUUUUGUGUGGGAGAUAAGUUCUUCCUGAAGAACAACAUGAUCCUCUGUCAGACGGACUACGAAGAGGGGUUGAUGAAGGAGGGGUACGCCCCCCAGGUUCGCUGAGGUGGGGUGUGGGGGCGACGGGCGAAGGAGAGGAGCUGAAACAGGAGGAGAAGGGGGCGAACCACCAGAAGCACUACAACCAUCUCUUCUUCCUCUCGGAUCCCUAACGUGUAUAUAACCAUCCAACAACCAACUUUCAACCUUGAAGGGACAUUAAAGGGACACUUUCUCUGCUGUACAGAAUUGCCAUGGAGACCAGGGGUUGUCAGGGCGAGGACCCCUACAAGGUCUAAAUGAACUACAUGUAAAUAAAAAUAUGUUUUUUGUUUGUUUGUUUGUUUGUGUUCUGAAGUAUGCUGCCUCUUCCCCUGCCAGCCAACAUACACUGGCCUUGCAGAAUCUGUCCAUCUCCCCAAAAAGAGACAUUAACAGUUACACCCCUGUCCCCAACUUCCAUUAAACUAUGAAAUGUUCUCUGGUGUAUCACAGAGAACCAGAACAAUCAAGAUCCUAGUGGCUGAAAUCCAUUAGACUCCCUGCCAGGACCCAUGUCAUGUGACUAUCCAUUUACCCUAUCCGAACCUAUCAAGGGGGAGGGACCUGAUGUCAUGUGACUGUCCAUCUACCCCAUCCAAGCCUAUCACAGGGGAGGGAGCUGAAGAUCUACAGCAUGUCAGCAUCAGAUCACAGGCUGAGGCAUUGUCUCUUUUCAACUGAAGCAACAACGACAUGAGUCUGACUACGACCCACCUGAUGGAGCUGGCCUGUGCUGGGAAGCUCCUCGUUUCGCUCCGUCCACCCCUUCCUCUUGAAAAACUGUCGGUCCUGCAGCUCUCGCUGACGUGGGAUUUACUGUAGGGCAAUUGUGGGUUUGUUUCGCUGGAGUCCCUACAUUUGUUAAGACCUCACCCGCCUUGGGUCUGGAGGUGCUGGGGAGGGUUUGAGGUUUUAUGGGAGCUCCAUUUCUGGGGGUUUGGUAACUUUUUUGUACACUAUUUAUUUGAUUUGUUUGAUAAGCUGUCAGUGCUUUGACUAAACACCUGUAGUCCCACUUAAAUAAUGAAUUAAGGCCUAAUAUAAUUCUUAAACAUGCUGAUACUUGAAUUCUUUCAAACGCUUCUUCGAUCGCUGUUUCAGCUCACGUUUUGACGUGUCCGAUGUUUGCCUGGUUUACAGAAUCACUUUCCGUUCGGCGUAUUUCUGUCAGAUGGGGAGGAUGCACGUUGCCUUAAAUCAAGACUCCACUGGUCACUCUGGGCUAUUGUCUUUGUGAGAAAGGAAACGCACCGACCUAGCUUGAUCGCCAACAGACAACCUUCCUGUGAAGGGCAGCCCGGCGGUAAAUCCCACCGCAGGUCACCUCUGGCUGUUGACCUCUGGCUGUUGACCUCUGGCUGUUGUCCUCUGGCUGUUGACCUCUGGCUGUUGACCUCUGGCUGUUGUCCUCUGGCUGUUGACCUCUGGCUUUUGACCUCUGGCUGUUGACCUCUGGCCAUUCAACAGGACUAAAUAAUAACCACGUAACGGCAGCUUUGGUCAGUCCUUUCCGUUUUAGUAACCAUGCUUCAGAGCAUUACUUGCAAGGCAGACAGGCAACAGCUAGGCUAGGCUAACCAACACCAACACAUCUGAACAGGAUGUAUGAUAGUGAGUGAAAAAAAAAAAAGCAUUGAUUUGUAUAUCAUGGUUGUACAUACAAAUAAAUAUUCAUUUUUGUUUGGUAUUGCACAAGGAUUUCUUUUUGUCUGUCAUCCAGCAUGAUGUUUUUUUUUUUUUUUAAAGACAACGACAGCUUGUAAAUACUGUAUUGUAAUAAUUUUAAGCA